AUGCAAAGAGAUGACACCUCAAAUUCAGACAGUUCCUGGAGUCUUGUAAACGAUGACUGUGAUUUGGUGGGUUGACUAAUUUUAUUUCACUCUAUUUAGAUUGACGAUACGGAUUCGUUUUCAUUGACUGAAGACUUGGAGAUUGAUUACUCCACCGAUGAUGACGUCAAAUCGAUUUACAGUGAUGUCGAAGUCUGUGAGAAUGAUGUUGAAGAUGAAAUCGUGGUAGAUCUGGGAGCAGACGACGAAGGAGAAAACAAAAGAUGCCAGGGAGAAGUCGAGGAAUCGGAAGAAGAAGAUGAAGACGAGCAGAUGAGUAUCGUAGAGGAAGAAGAAGGACUAGAGGACUCGUGUUCCCGUUAUUAUGCAUCUCCAGGAUUAGUGGCAAAAAGUCUUGACAAACUCAGUAAGUUAUAUUUUAAGUUUUUCAAUCUAUUGUUCAGCAUAUUGUGAUGAUUCUGGAUUGAAUUGCCAGAGGGUAAGGGUCGCGACAACCUUUUCUGUGUUAGUUACAGCCAUUAUUGGGCUGGUGA